AUGGAUGAAAGGUUCAACAAGUGGCUGAUGACGCCGGUGCUCACACUUCUCUUCGUGGUCAUCAUGUACCAGUACGUGUCCCCCUCCUGCACCAGCUCCUGCGCCGACUUCGGGGAGCAGCCCCGCGCCGGGGAGGCCGGCCGGCCCGCCGCCCCGGGUCCCGCCCGCCCGGCACAGGCGCCGCUCGACGACUGGGAGCGACGGCCCCAGCUGCCCCCGCCACCCCGGGGGCCGCCCGAGGGGCCUCGGGGGGCCGCGGCGCCGGAGGACGAGGGCGAGGAGCCGGGGGACCCGGAGGAGGAGGAGGCAGAGGAGGAGGAGGAAGAGCCGGACCCCGAGGCCCCCGAGAACGGAUCGCUGCCCCGGCUCGUGCCGCGCUCCAACUUCACCCUGAAGGACCUGACCCGCUUCGUGGAUUUCAACAUCAAGGGGCGCGACGUGAUCGUGUUCCUGCACAUCCAGAAGACCGGGGGCACCACGUUCGGGCGGCACCUGGUGAAGAACAUCCGGCUGGAGCAGCCGUGCAGCUGCAAAGCCGGCCAGAAGAAGUGCACCUGCCACCGGCCCGGCAAGAAGGAGACGUGGCUCUUCUCCCGCUUCUCCACCGGCUGGAGCUGCGGGCUGCACGCCGACUGGACGGAGCUCACCAACUGUGUGCCGGCCAUCAUGGAGAAGAAAGACUGUCCCCGCAACCACAGCCAUACCAGGAAUUUCUAUUACAUCACCAUGUUGCGGGAUCCGGUGUCCCGGUACCUGAGCGAGUGGAAACACGUCCAGCGGGGGGCCACGUGGAAAACCUCCCUCCACGUGUGCGAUGGGAGGAGCCCCACCCCCGAUGAGCUGCCUACCUGCUACCCCGGGGACGACUGGUCCGGGGUCAGCCUACGGGAAUUCAUGGAUUGCGCCUACAACCUGGCAAACAACCGCCAGGUGCGCAUGCUGGCCGACCUCAGCCUGGUGGGCUGCUACAACUUGACUUUCAUGAACGAGAGCGAGAGGAGCGCCAUCCUGCUGCAGAGCGCCAAGAGCAACCUGAAGAACAUGGCUUUCUUCGGGCUCACGGAGUUCCAGCGGAAGACGCAAUUUCUCUUCGAGAGGACAUUCAACCUCAAGUUCAUCUCCCCCUUCACGCAGUUCAACGUCACGCGGGCUUCCAACGUGGAGAUCAACGAGGGCGCCCGCCAGCGCAUCGAGGAGCUCAACUUCUUGGACGUGCAGCUGUACGCGUACGCCAAGGAUCUCUUCCAGCAGCGCUACCACCGUACCAAGCAGCUGGAGCACCAGAGGGACCGUCAAAAGAGGCGCGGGGAGCGCAGGCUGCAGCGGGGGCACAGGGCCCACCGGUGGCCCCGACAGGACGGGAACCCAGAGGGGGCGGUCACGGAGGACUACAACAGCCAGGUAGUGAGAUGGUGACCCCCUGCCCGCCCCUCCUCUCCACGGGAGGGGGAGGAUGCGCGGGGGCACCGCCCUACCCUGGAGGACGUGGGACCAUGCCGAGGACGUAGGUGGCUUGACUGGGGCCCCUGCUUCCUCUCUGUCUUCGCCCUUAUCCAGCUGGAGGUGAUCUGUCUUGUUCUUUUUCUCCUGACAUUUUUCAAUCUGUGAUAUUAAGUAAGGUAGGAGUGAUGCAUCCAAUAAUAGACCACUUUAGAAGGGCAAGGGGAGAAGCACCCAAAAGGAAAGAGUCCUUGGGAUCUUUUUUUUUUUUUUUUUUUUUUUUUUUUUGCGGCGGCAUAAGUCAUAGUUUGGGCAACUGGAACCCACCAAGGCACACGUGAAAAGCCAAAUUAUGGCUUGGAUGUUCUGCUGAAACGAUCUGUUCAUACGGCCUCUUUAAUGGAAAUACUGCUGUUUAAAGAGAGAGGAAGAGAAGGCUUUUUCAGCCUUUAGAUGAGGUUUACGCCAACUCUCUCUCGGCUCUUGGCUGUCAUCUUCGAACUCUAUUUGAAUGUGGGUUAAA